AUGGCGGAGCCACCGCCGCCGCCGCCUCCAUCGCAGCCGCAAUUGAAGCUAUUCAACUCGAUGACUAAGGCGAAGGAGCCCUUCCAGCCGCGGGUGGAGGGCAAGGUCGGCAUGUACGUCUGCGGCGUUACGCCCUACGACUUCAGUCACGUCGGCCACGCCCGCGCCUACGUCGCCUUCGACAUGCUGUACAGGUAUCUUAAAUUCUUGGGGUAUGAAGUUGAAUAUGUGCGUAAUUUUACAGACAUCGAUGAUAAGAUUAUUAGGCGUGCCAAUGAAGCUGGUGAAACGCAUACAAGUUUGAGUAGCCGGUUUAUCAAUGAAUUCCUUCUUGAUAUGGCUGCGCUCCAGUGCUUGCCUCCUACACGUGAGCCACGUGUAACAGAACACAUUGAGCAUAUUAAAGAGUUGAUAACCAAGAUAAUGCAGAAUGGGCAUGGCUAUGCUAUAGAAGGGGAUGUUUACUUUUCUGUUGAUAGUUUCCCUGAAUAUCUCCUUCUAUCUGGAAGAAAGUUGGAUCAAAAUCGUGCUGGUGAACGUGUCGCUGUCGAUACAAGAAAGCGUAAUCCUGCAGAUUUUGCCCUGUGGAAGUCUGCCAAGGAGGGUGAGCCCUCCUGGGAAAGUCAUUGGGGGCAUGGAAGACCAGGAUGGCAUAUUGAAUGCAGUGCAAUGAGUGCUCACUAUUUAGGACAUGUGUUUGAUAUUCAUGGUGGAGGGAGAGAUUUGAUUUUUCCUCACCAUGAAAAUGAACUUGCACAAAGCCGAGCGGCUUAUCCAGAGAGUGAGGUGAUAUGCUGGAUGCAUAAUGGCUUUGUGAACAAGGAUGACCAGAAAAUGUCAAAAUCAGAGAAUAACUUCUUCACUAUCAGAGAUAUUAUUUCUCUAUACCACCCGAUGGCCUUACGCUAUUUCCUGAUACGGACACAUUAUAGAUCUGAUGUGAAUCAUUCUGAUAAAGCAAUUGAGAAUGCAUCAGAUCGUGUGUACUACAUUUAUAAGACGUUGUAUGACUGUGAUGAAAUGUUAUCUAAAUAUCGUGAAGAGGCCAUCUCUGUUCCAGUCCCAGCCGAGGAGCAAAAUUUGGUCAACAGACACCAUAAAGCUUUCUUGGACAAUAUGUCGGAUGAUCUUAAAACCACAGAUGUUCUGGAUGGUGAGGAUGGCCUCACGGAUCUGCUGAAGGCCAUUAACAGCAAUAUGAAUGAUUUGAAGAAGCUGCAACAAAAACUAGAGCAACAGCAGAAGAAGCAGCAGCAGAAAAAGCAACAACAGAAGCAACAGCAAACACAGAAACAACCUGAAGAUUACAUUCAAGGUCUUAUUGCUCUGGAGACAGAAAUUAAAGAUAAACUAUCAGUACUUGGUCUGAUGCCACCUUCAUCUUUGUCAGAGGUACUGAAUCAAUUGAAGGGCAAAGCAUUAAAGCGAGCAAAUUUGACUGAAGAGCAAUUGCAAGAGCAGAUUGAGCAGAGAACUGUUGCGAGGAAGAACAAGCAGUUUGAGGUGUCUGACAGAAUCAGGAAACAUCUUGCUACUCUAGGCAUUUCCCUUAUGGAUGAACCCACUUGUACAUCAUGGAGACCAUGCGAACCAGAGCGGCCUGAAGAGUCAGGAUCUGUAACUAGUGAUUGUGUACCUGGAAAAAUUAACAAAAGCUCAGACCCGGCCUGA